CCACUUUCACAAGCGGGGAAAGCUGCAACAUCUGGUGAACGACGCUGAGACACACAUCUUGUGGACUGUAGACACAUUGUAGCUUGUGUUUGCAGCAUGUAGAAAAGAGCAGUGCGGAAACUGGUCAGUCAUUUCGCUGAAAAUUUGCGCGUCCUACCGACGAGACCAUUCUGUCUUUUCUAUUUAUAGCAUCUGCGGUUGCGAUGUGAAGAUUUGUUGCAGAGUAAUUUGACGAGAGCGGAAGAAGAAGAAGAAGAAGGAGGAGGAGAAGGAGAAGACGCAGACACAGCUCUGUGUGCUCUCGACCUUAAAGGAGAACCUGUUGAAUAAACAACCUCUACACUGAGAUUAAGGGCAUGUGGGGAAGAGAUUGGGACACAGCCCUUGUAAACGAGGCAACCGAGAGAUCUCUGGUCUAGCUGUUGCUAUGGCGACCAGCGCUGUGCCUAGCGACAACCUCCCCACCUAUAAGCUGGUGGUGGUGGGUGAUGGUGGUGUGGGAAAGAGCGCUCUCACCAUCCAGUUCUUCCAGAAAAUCUUUGUGCCUGACUACGACCCAACCAUCGAGGACUCCUACCUGAAGCACACCGAGAUCGAUGGCCAGUGGGCAAUUCUGGAUGUACUGGACACAGCAGGCCAGGAGGAGUUCAGUGCCAUGCGUGAGCAGUAUAUGAGGACUGGAGACGGCUUCCUCAUUGUGUUCUCUGUCACAGACAAGGCCAGCUUUGAGCACGUUGACCGAUUUCACCAGCUCAUCCUCAGGGUGAAGGAUCGAGAGUCCUUUCCCAUGAUCCUCGUAGCUAAUAAAGUGGACUUGGUUCAUUUGAGGAAGGUGACGAAUGAACAGGGCUGUGAGAUGGCUGCCAAACACAGUAUCACUUACAUAGAAACGAGCGCUAAGGAUCCUCCAAUGAACGUGGACAAAGCCUUUCAUGAACUGGUCCGAGUAAUUAGACAACAAGUACCAGAGAGGAAUCUGAAGAAAAAGAAGAAGAUGAAAUGGCGAGGAGACCGAGCUGCUACUUCUCCCAAACUCCGCUGCACUAUAUUGUGACCGCCUGCUACAGCCGCUCAAUGCAGAACGGUUUCUCAGCCUCACAGAGCUGUGACUGGCAGGGAGCACGAAAUGAAAAACAGCCAGGCCAAGGAGAAGCUGACAAGACGUCUGAAAAGGUUAACAAAGAUGCAGCUGUUUUGCACACGUGCAGAGACGAGUGGAGGAGAGGCUGUUGGCGUGCAGACGUUCAGUACUUAUCUUCACUUGAUUAUUACAAGUGCAAAGGGUGUUGGCUGCCCUCCAAGUGCUCAGUGGGAGUGGACAGUAUUUUGCCUUAUCGCUUUGCAUUUCUGUACUGAUAUGGAGUGUUCAGUUGUAGCUUGGCCAAAGAAAACGAGUCAUUAGCACCGAAGAUUGGAAGAAUUUGGGAUACCUCCUCAACAUGGCCUUUACUGUUAAGCACAAAUGUACAGGUGUGACUGAUAUGGACCUUUUUGCACUUUGAUAUUUGGUAUCGCACAAAUAUCAUUUCAUGUGGUCGGCGUAUUAAAGUGAUAGCAUUUCUGCCUUUGCUGAAGGCUUUGGUAGUAAAUGGCUAAAAAUAUAUGAAUUAUGUUGCACUUAUGUAGGCUGCUCAUUCAGUUUUAUUUUAAUUUCCUUUUUUUUGUAUUUUUAAACCUUGCUGUCUCUUUAUGUAUUAAGGAUGCAUUUCUUAUUCUGUUUUAUUUCACAUCAGCUUUUAGCCGCACUAACAACUUUCAAAUGUUGCCCCCUACUGUAAACUCUGUGGUGGGGGGCAUAUUUUCUUUUUCCAUCUUUUAUUAUCAGACCAGCUUAAACAUGUUAAGUAAUGUUUGCUUUUAUUUGAAUUUUUUAUUUAAGUAAUUGUCUCAUACUUUAAUGAGUUAAAUUUACUUUAGUCCAAAUAAGUCCGGUGCAUGAAGGAUAUAUAUCGCUUGUGCACAGUCAGCGAUUGAGAUUCUGUGCUAGUGACACUGAAGGUUGUCAUUUCAAAUCCCAUUGCCAGAGAGCAACUGGAUUUGAUUUUGUUUUACUCAAGUCGAUAAAAGCAUCCACCAGAAGUGAUGCUGCUGUAAUACUGCCACACUACUCCUCUGAAUUAGGGACCCAGUAAGCACACAGAUAUGAAGAAUCAUGCUCAACACAUGUUAAAUCAACGGCACUGUAGGAUGAUGUUGAGUCUAAAUAUGGAAAAUGAAAACAUAUGGGAUCAAAUCACAUUACAUUGAAAAUUUAUUGAAUGUUUUUUUUAUUAUUGCUUUUUUCCCCCAUUUUUGUUGGACUUAUAUAUUCUGUAAACCUUUAUGGCUAAAAGCAGGAAGUUGACAUGCAACAUACAUUUGAGAUUAUACCAGGUCUAAGUGAUGGGUUAUAACAUCAUCUCAGAGGGAAACGUCCUGUCUAUAAGCUCAUCUUUCUCAGUAUCAGCAGGAGCUUCAGGAGCAGUAUUUAGGAAAUAUAAGCCUUGUGCUUACACUUCUUCUGCUUCUUUUUCUUCUUCUUCUUCUUCUUCUUCUUCUUCUUCUUUUCUUCUUCUUCUUCUUCUUCUUUUAUUUAAAGGGGUUUUAGGGGUUCUUUGAUAGUUAAGAGUCCAUAAGAGGGUUAUACUUGAAACUCUGUUUACUCAACAGAGCUUCAAUAAUGAAUGAAAUUUUAUAUGAGUUUUUCCAGAAGGACAAACAUGAGAAGACUUUAAGAGUUCCAGAUUUAGCCUUGUUUUAAAGAGUGUAUUGUCUUUGAUACGUGGUGUGAGGCACCAAUCCCUGAGGGGACCCAAAGACUCCAUGCGUUAACAUUAUAACGAAUGGCCAGUGUUUACAUUUAAUGUUUAUAAUGGGACAGUGAAGUGAACAUAAAGAUCAUAUGACUAAUGUAUGAUGUAAUUACAUAUGGGCACACAAACCUUGUAUGUUUUCAUUGUUGUGAAUAAGUGAGGGUUAAAUUGUGCCAUUACUUGUAGUGUUGUUAAAAGAACUGAGAAUCUUUAGGUGUACAAAUAAAUUUGAUUGCUCCCCACUUUCAUACAGUCAUUUUAUUUAAACAAAUUGCCAUGUUUUACAUGUUUGUGUUCAUAUUUCCAUAACAAAUGCAAUAUAAACUAAGACCUCCUCUGUUUUGUGAGACAAUAAACUGUUGUAAUUCCUCCAUGGAUUUAUUACAUGUAGGAAACGAUUGACAAGCACAUCGUUUCUCUUCAUCUCCACAUUUUCCAAUAAACUCUGGGGAUCCUAUCUAAAUGUGUCUUUCAUCACCUUUUGCAGUAUUAAAAUUAUACUUUGACAUACUAUUAAACACAUACAACCUUGCCAAAAGAAAUUCAAAGAAGGUGCUAUUGUGCAUUGUUUGUUACAUGUUAAAUAUGUACGCAGUGAUUUAAGCAAUUAUGUUUUGGUACAUCUGUAUUGAGGGUGUAUUCAUUUUGUCAAUUUUAUUUUCCCAUUCCUCUUUAUUUAUUUCACUUCCUGUUAUUCCUAAUAAUAAAAAAAAAACUCUUAAUGA